AUGAAUAGAUAUGGAAACCUGAAUGCCGCUGCGUUCGGAGCCUCAUCACUCUGUGUGGCUGUUCCCUCAAAGCUCAAAUUGUCUAAAUCGGAACAGGAGCCCCUCGCAGGGAUGAGAGUCGCAGUCAAAGAUUUGUUCCAUUUAAAGGGAGUGCAUACCGGGUGCGGCAACCGCGCCUAUCGCUCGCUCAGAACACCCUCCGAGAUAUCUUCUAAUACGGUCCAAUCCGUUAUUGAUCUUGGAGUGAUCAUUGUCGGCAAAACCAAGACGGUUGAAUUCAGCGGAAGCCAGGAAGUCAUUGGUGACUGGUCUGACUACUUCUACCCUCUCAACGUUCGCGGCGACGGCUACAUCGCAGCCACUGGUAGUAGCACUGGGUCGGCAUCCAGUUUGGCAGCAUACCCAUGGCUUGACAUCAAAUUAGGUACAGACUUGAGUUAA